AUGACUGAGGAGGAGGAAGAGUAUCAGCCGCUAGAGAUCGGGUUUGGUGCGUAUUCGGCGCAGGAAGUGGUUCUGCCAAGUCGACCAAUGGAAAAAGAGCAAGAGGAAGCAGUGAAAAGGCCUGUGGCGGAGCAAUCGCAGACGGAGAUGUAUUUAUAUGAUGGGCCGCAGGUGCCCGGGAGACAGGAGUCGAAAGCGUCGCUUCCGGACGAUGGAAUGUCUGGCAUGCAGCGAAGAGAAUUGGAACAGCAGUCGCUGGAAGGUCCGUCCGAGGGCCAUACAGGAGCUGUUGCAUCGGGGUUUCCGUAUCCGGCGGAUCCAUCGGGCGGCCAGGGCGCCUGGGGAGAGAUCAGCCUGUGGGAAUCGUCGGCAGAGAAGAAAAAAGCAGACGUAGGAUACGCCCAAGGGAGCUACGAGGCUGCGAGAAUCGGCACCCAGCUGCAGGAGACAGCACAGCAACCUUUCUAUGUGAACGCGAAGCAGUAUUACAGAAUCAUCAAGCGUAGGUAUGCCAGAGCGCGUCUGGAGGAGAAUAUACGAAUAUCGCGGGAGCGGAAACCGUACUUGCAUGAAUCGCGACAUAAGCACGCGAUGAGAAGACCUAGGGGGCAAGGCGGGAGGUUUCUGACCGUCGCUGAGAUUAAGGCCAUGAAGGCUAAGGAAUCGCCAGAGUCGGUGCAGUCCUCUGACGCUGCCACGCCGCAGCCGGAUAGUAGCAAGGACGCCGAGACGCAGGCACCGGUGAUAACACAGCAGGACACCAGUCAGAAUAAACUUCCUCCGCUGAGGAAAAGUGAAGCGUAA